GCAGGCGCCUAUUACAAUUUGCGAGACGGUGUCGGUCUUUCGCGUCGAGCAAACACAAUUCUACCUCAAACUUUAAGCAGUGCGGCGCGAUCAGUUGAGAAGUGAGGUAGAACAAGUUAUUAAUUCACUAAAUCCAUCAAAGCGCAUUAAUAAUUAGAAAAAAAGGCACCGAAAAAAUUAUAAAAAUUUUAUACGGUGCAAAAAUCCGAGUGCAAGUGGUUACUGGUCUUUCUUCCUAUCAGUGAUUAACAUUAGUGAGAUUAUGGGUACGGAAUUCAAGCAUGCCGACUCGAACAUGGAUGAUUCUGGAAAUAGCUGUGGAUCUAGUGUAGUUUCUGAUUACAGUGGACCAUCGUAUACUGAUCUUGAUGGAGUGCAGAUAUCUGACAUUGAAAACGACACCGAUUCACAUGCUCUACAGUGUGGAAUCGAUGAUGAUUCUGACGACGACGAACUUGGCGCAAUGAAAGACCUAACCAUCAAUGAUUACGUCAACACCACUGUCAAUACAAAACAAACCGAUUUGGAAUCUCAACAGCGACUGGCCGUGCUCAGUUUCGAACAAGUUAAUAGGCUCAACGAAGUCAUGGAUGAACUCGUCUGUAUCCAUGGAAGAGGAAACUUUCCUACGCUGGAGAUCCGCCUCAAAGACCUCGUGAAUGUUGUGAGGGAAAAACUUGAGGCUGAUACCACUGUCGGGGGAGCGGGGAUGAAAGUUAAGGACAUCCGCUUGAACGGUGGUGCCGCUUCCCAUGUCCUCGCCACCGAGAGCCAACCAUAUAACGACCUGGAUCUCAUAUUUGGAGUGGAAUUAUCAAGUAUGCGAAAUUUCGAUAGAAUUAAAAGUGCCGUUCUCAGCUCAUUAUAUGAGAUGUUACCAGAAGGAGUAAAUAGAAAACGUAUAUCUACUUGCAGUUUGAAAGAAGCUUAUGUCAGCAAAAUGGUGAAGGUAAACCAAAACACUGGAGGCGAUAGAUGGUCGUUGAUAUCUUUGGGUAACUCUCGCGGUCGUGGUGUUGAACUAAAAUUCGUCGAUUGUAUGCGACGGCAAUUCGAAUUCUCAGUAGAUUCCUUCCAAAUUAUUCUAGAUUCUUUGCUGUUGUUCUACAAAUGCAGUGAAUUGCCGAUCAGUGAGAACUUUUACCCGACUGUUGUGGGAGAAUCCGUAUACGGCGAUUUUCAAGAAGCUUUGUAUCAUCUUCAAAAGAAACUCAUUUCCACCAGACAUCCAGAAGAAAUACGAGGUGGGGGAUUGUUGAAAUAUUGUAAUUUGUUGGUGAAAAACUACAAACCUGCUAGACCGGAUUAUAUCAAGAGUUUACAGAGGUACAUGUGCUCAAGGUUUUUCAUAGAUUUCUCCGACAUCGCUCAGCAAAAAGCCAAGCUGGAAAACUAUCUAUGGAAUCACUUUGUUGAACCCGAUGAAGAAGCCCUUCGUCAUCAAUACCUGAUGCUUCUACACGACGUCGUCGAAGAAUCUACAGUCUGCCUAAUGGGACACGAAAGGCGUCAAACUCUUCAACUUAUCAAAAGCUUAGCUUGGCAAGUACUUUACCAAGACCAACAACGUAUGAUGACCCAACAACCACCGCCGCCACUCGUAUUUGCUAACGGUAUUGUUUAUGCUCCAAUCAUCCAGACCAAUUGCUAUUGCACGUGCAAUACCGCAUGGAUGCCACAGUGCUGCUCGUGAUGCGUCGAUAACGAUUGGUAAAUACGCGUGAGUGACUUUUUGAAACUUUACAUAUUGGACACACCUCGUAUGUGAACUUCAGUGACAUAUAUAUAUAUAGUAGUUUUGAAACCAUUCCAAAUUUAAUAGGCCGGUCCUUUCAACAAAAAUAAUUGACAACAUAGUUUUGUAGAAAUAUCUCAAUAUAUAGUAACUUUUACGAUAAUAGAAUAUGUGGCUAACUAAAUUGAAUCAUCCAUUAAAACAAUGUACAGGGGGUUAAAGUGAAAGCAAAUAAAUUAAUUCUAUAAUUAAAAGUCGAAAAAUAUUUUUGUUUCUUCAUUUUUAUUCCUAUGGGUCUUAAAAAAGGUGGAAACUUACUUAAUUAUACAUAACUAACUUUAUGGAUGUAUAAACUUAUGUUAGGCCAAAUAACGUUUACCUCUUCCUGCUACUUCUUCAAAAAAAAAGCUAAAAAAUUGUUUUUGGCAACUUUCAUUCCUUUAUUAACCAAAGCUUGAUAUUUAAAAGUUUCUGUUCUGUACAAAGUUCGUUCGUAAAUUUUUAUUGGGUAUAAUUAUUACUAGAAUCUAAAAGUUUUUGAAACCAGUGUGUUACUUUAGGCUAGUUUAUUCUACACGAAAUAAUGGUACUUCAUUUAUAAGAUCUAAUAAAUUAGUUUCUUAUACAAGAAAAAAAUAUUAUAAACAUCAAUCUUUAAACUUCAGAUAUUUAAUUGAAUUCAAAUUGUAUAACAUAUAAACGCGGAAUUUAAUUUCAUGCCUUUUAAUAUUAAACUCAGCCUUUCAUAAAUUAAUAGUGAAUUGAUUAUCCUUGAAUAAGUUUUUACAAUAUUUGCCUUUUUUAAGCAUAUAUACGAUAAUUUAUUUGUGCCUUUAAAACCUUGUAAUUGUUGCUAAUUAGACUCUAUUUUAUUAUGAAAUAUAAAUUGUCGUAGCUUAUGGACCGGGCUAUUUUUUCGAAAAGAAAAAAUGUGCAGGGCUAUCUUAAGAGAUUUUUUGCACUUUACAUGGAGUGAUAUAACUUUAUUCAUAUAGUGUAAGAGAAUUGGAUUGCUUGGAUUUUUAUUGAAAACUUGUAUACGCUGAGCUGAUAAACACAAUUUAAAUAUUCAUAAAUGUCGUGUGUUUAUUUAACUUUUCUCGGUUAUAGCGUUCUAAUUAUAUGGAUAAUUAUUUACCUUUAUAAUCAAUAUAUGAUAUCAUUUAAAUGAAAAACUAUAUCGGGCCAAUUUUUUUAAAAUUACUCGGACCCAAUAAGCAUUAAGCAUUUUGUGAUAUAGUAUCAACGAGCAAAAGGUGGUCUUUUUAAAAAAUUUGCCUGGUGUACAAAAAAAAAUUUAAAUAUUCAAAAAAAAACUGUUUAUAUAUGCGGGAUUAUAUACAUAUUUUCAUUUUGUAUUAUAUAAGCUUCUUUUGACUCAUAUUGAGUUUUUCUUAUAUUUGAAUAAGUGCCACUGUGGAAAAAUAAUUUUCUAAAGUGCGGAACAAAAAAUCAAUGUCCGUAUACCACAUUUUUCUAUAUUAUUUCAUAAAAAAUAGUUUGCUGUUUAAAAUAUUUUAAAGUUGGGAAGAGAUGUUGAAAUGUUUAAAAUUCUACUUAAAUGUUAUUUUGUGAUGUGGGGGUUGAAACACUAAAGGUAAAUGAUUCAUAUUUUUCCAAAGCUUCAUUUUCAAAUAAUAAGGGCCUAGUCAAAACUCUACGAGGUCAUGUUUCAAAAUUUUUGUUUAUUAUAUAUAAAUUAAAAAAUAGUUUCGAUAAAAAAUUUAUUAUUUCAAUAUUUUAUGAAUAUUGCGAAUGAAAUAUCAUUGGCCGACAGAGAUUUUGUUGCCCUUGAUAUAAGAUUUCACAUUUUUUAAUCUUUAUUUUCAUUUUUACGUUGAAUACAUAAAAAAAUUAAAUAAAAUAACAGAUAUGUUUAUAAUGUCACUUUUGUUUUGAAAAAUUAGGAUAAAUCGAAGUGAAUAGAGGGCACAAUUUAGAAAAUAUAUUCCAAUAAAACGCCUUAUUAACUUUUCUUCCAUACUUUAUUGAAUAAUAAUCUCUUUUUAAAGACCGGUAGUAAUCUACCAUUACGUGACCAUCUCACCUUCCCCGAUUUCUUUCAUUCAUCAAUUUUAAAUCAUGUUGCAAUAUUCUCUUGUGUUCUUAAAGGACUGACAUGAUGCAAUACAACGUGCAGUGCAAUGCAAUAGGCAAUAUUUCUUGAUCAAAAGCAUGCGCAGAUGAAGUUCAGCUCAUGGAAGAUCUCGCUCUUGCAACAUUAUCAGUUUUGUGCCUUUUUUAUUGCGUGCAAGUUGCAAUUCUAGAGAAAAAUAAGUUUCUAAUUGGCUGAUAUCACAUAUCCCGCUAAUGAUUUCUUAGUUAUCUUAUGUUUCAUUAAGAGUUUUUCAAAUGUUUCUUCAUCCAUUCUCGAAUAAUUUUUGUACGGUUUCUCAUAUAAUUCCAGUGCUUGUCCCAACAUCGCCUAGGUGAUAUUUCACUUUACUUAGCAAGUUAUUUUCAUUUUUAAACCGAUCACCGAUCGGAUUCACUUAAUAUUCGUAUAUUCACUUAGAUGAGGACCUCAUUCUGACCGACAUUAAGGCGAUCGUUGUAUUGAACAACAAUAGCCGUUGCCCUUGUCAUGAAAAAAGAAAAUUAUUACUUGGAACUACAAAAAUAAUAUGGACUAUUCUUCUUAAUAGUCCGUUGAUCCAAUAGAAAAGGUGUUUCACUGUUAUCUAUUAGAUAUAUUGAAGCCGUAUAAAAAAUAUAGUGUAUAACUCGCAUAAAAUGCUGAUUUUCCAUUCAUAUGAUUUGUAGCAUGAGCCUACUGCAAACUUCAUACUCGUGGGAAUAUCAUUCUUUGCUCGUUUUGAUAUAGUGAAUUACUUAUAUAAUUUUGAUUAGUGGCAAUUAUGACGCGAUGGCAAAGGACAUAAUGUCAAGUGACGCGGAAUAUUCGUCCAUUGUAUUGAUCUUGCAAGAAAUUGCAUGCAAUCUAUUGCACAUUGCCUUACAUCAUGUCAAGCGACCUUAGCUAUAAUUUUUUAAAUUAGCCGAAAAUUUAUCUAGAUGAUUGCGGAGUUAACCAAUAUUUGCUCACCAUUUUCGACUAAAAACACACAACUUUCAAAACAUUGAUGUGAAAAAUUCUCUAUCUUCCAAUUGCUGUAUUAGAGGCCAAUCAAAUAUUCUACCUAGCAAAGUCUAAUCUACAACUGUAAAGGCUCAACACAAACUUUAUUGAACCCUUAUUUGCUCAUUUUAAUCAAACAGCACAAAUAUAACAAAAUAAAUUAUUACU